CCUCUCUUCUGCAACUCGUGUUCUUCCUGAAAAUAAUCUAAACACAGCAACUAUAUCUACUUCUCUUCUUCUGAAAAACUGUUUCUUUUCAAAUUCUAAGAAAACCCUUUUGAUUUCUUCAUCAACACUUUGAAAUCUGAUCAUAAAAUGGCCGGCGAAUCUAAGACAGUUCAUGACUUCACUGUCACGGAUGCCAGAGGAAAUGUUGUUGAUCUUAGCAUUUAUAAAGGAAAGGUUCUCUUGAUUGUUAAUGUUGCAUCACAAUGUGGCUUGACCAACUCCAACUACACAGAGUUGAGUCAGUUGUACCAAAAAUACAAAGAUCAAGGCCUGGAAAUUCUAGCAUUUCCAUGUAACCAGUUUGGAGGUCAGGAACCUGGAAGCAAUGAAGAGAUUGCAGAAUUUGUUUGCACUCGCUUUAAGGCUGAGUAUCCCAUAUUUGACAAGGUCGAUGUGAAUGGUGAGAGUGCUGCUCCUAUAUACAAGUUCCUGAAGUCAAGCAAAGGUGGAGACGAUAUCAAGUGGAAUUUUUCCAAGUUCCUGGUUGACAAAGAUGGGAAUGUUGUCAAUCAUUAUGAGCCAACUACUACUCCUUUCAGCUUUGAGGAUGAUAUAAAGAAACUCCUGGGAGUUGCAUAGAGGGUCACUGGUGCUGCUUGCUGUUAGAAAUAUACAAGUACUCUGAUCAAUAAGAACUUUCAUAGUAUAUGAGCUUUGUUUCCUAUUCCUACUGAUAUAGAUGAACAUAAUAUAAGUUGGAGAGUGCUGCUUGUGAGUUGUGAGAGAUUUGGUUUUGCUUUGUUUUUGGAGUCCUAGGGUACUGUAAUAUAUAUGAUUUUAAAGUUUUGCUUUUGUAGUACAAAUACUUGGCUUUUAUAAUCAAAUUUGAAUGCUUGAUUUGAAUUUUGGAAA